AUGAAGGCCAAGAAAUCUCGUCCAUACUCUUUAUCUGUCCAACCUCCACCAGACAUCGCCCUAGAAGUGGGUGACAGCUCUGUACGUUAUUCAUUGUUUACUUUGGAUUACUCUGCUGUGACUCCACCAGAAGCUGGCAUGGAUCUGUCUUUCCGCUUGACCUUUGAGGCUUUGCAUGCGUCUGCUCCAGAUGUCAAAGGGGAACCACAGUUGAUUAUCUCAGAGGCUUUUAGAGAGAUUCCACAGGGUGAUGGCUCUCUGACCCAUGUGCUGCACAAUGAAGAUGGGAAGAUUGGAGCUGUACGUUAUGUCAUGGGCUAUUCUGUCAGGCCUGCAGACUGUCUUACUCCCACCCUCACCUCCAGCAACUUGUUUGAAUACCCAGCACUUCAGUGGGCCUUGGUAAUUAUAUUUGCAAUUGAGGAGAUUAACAGCAAUCCACACUUGUUACCAAACCUCACAGUAGGAUACAAGAUAUAUGACUCAUGUACAGCAGAGAUUAUGGCCUUGCAGGGGUUAAUGUGGCAGCUGUCAGCUCAGAGAAAUCCUGUUCCAAAUUAUAGAUGUGCGAAAAAUUCUACAACAGUGGCUAUCAUUGGAGAUGCAUUAUCAGCCACUUCACUCCCUGUGGCUCAAAUCCUGGGACUGUAUAGAUUUCCACAGAUCACCUAUGCAGCUACCAUUCCUAUCCUUAGUGAUAAACUGAUAUUCCCUUCAUUUUUACGAACCAACCCAAACCAGGACUUUGAAUGCUUUGGGUUUGCUCAAUUAAUGGUUCACUUUCAUUGGAACUGGGUUGGGAUCCUUUUUCAGGAUAAUAACUUUGGUCGGCUGGCUGGCUUGGCACUAAAGAAGGAAAUGGCUAAAACUGGUGUCUGUAUAGAUUAUGCAGAGACAAUUCCAGUUCACUAUUCAGAAAGCAGAACUCUACAAAUUGUUGAUAUUGUCAAGAAAUCUACAGCAAAUGUAAUCAUGGUCUUUUCCAAUCCGCCAAGCCUUGUUCCAUUAAUGGAGGAAUUUUCAAGGCAGAAUAUUGUUGGAAAGGUCUGGGUUGCAUGCCAUUGCUGGUCUGAAGCUUUAAGUCUCUCUAGGAAGGAUUUUUUUAACUCAUUUAUGGGGACUCUUGGGUUUGCUUUUCACAGUGGGUGGAUUCCUGGAUUCAAGGAAUUCUUCUUUCAUGCCAACCCUUCUACAUUACCAGGAAAUCAGUUCAUUAAAGACUUCUGGCAAGAAGCAUUUGUGUGCAAAUGGGAGACCCCCAUGAUUGGUUCUACAGUAUCACAUGACAGAGAUCCCUUGCCAUGCUCAGGAUCUGAGGCCUUGGGAGACCUUUCCUUUCUUUCAUUUGACGAAUUCAGUGUAAGAACUGCAUACAAUGCAUAUAUUGCGGCAUAUGCUCUUGCACAUUCACUGCAGAAUUUCUAUUCUUGCGAGCCUGGAAGUGGACCUUUUCAUAAUCAGACAUGUGCUAGCUUUGACAAGAUUCUCCCAUGGCAGCUCUUUCAUUAUAUGAAGAAUGUUCGCUUUAAAAAACUAUCAGGAGAGGAAGUAUUCUUUGAUGAUAAUGGUGAACCACCUGUAGUUUAUGACAUCAUCAACUGGCAAUUAUCAGCUGAUGGUAACCUGAAGUAUGUCACCAUAGGGACGUUUAACUACAGCCUUGACCUAGGUCCAACGUUUCAGCUCAAUGACAGCGCCAUUAUAUGGAACGGAGAUGACAAUAGUAUUCCUCAGUCUGUUUGCAGUUGUAGUUGUGCACCUGGAUACAGGAAAGUUGUUCAUCGAGGAAAGCCAGUCUGUUGCUAUGACUGCAUUCCCUGUCCCAAAGGAGAGACUGCCAAUGAAACUGAUUCUCCAGAAUGCCUAAAGUGUGCGGAAGAUUACUGGUCCAAUGAGAGACAAGAUGUGUGUGUCCUGAAACCUUUGGAGUUUCUCAGCUAUGAAGAACCUUUAGGCAUCACUUUAGCUGCCUUUAGCAUUUUUCACUCUCUUAUCUCUCUUCAUAUCCUUGGGAUUUUUAUCAAAUACAGAGAAACCCCAAUUGUCAAAGCAAACAAUCGUGAUAUCAGUUAUUUGCUUCUUACUAGUCUGGUGCUCUGCUUUCUCUGUCCUUUAGUAUUUAUUGGGUAUCCUGUGAGAAGUACCUGUAUGCUAAGACAGACUGCCUUUGGAAUUAUAUUUGCAGCCUGCAUUUCCUGUGUACUAGCCAAAACUAUCACAGUUGUAUUUGCUUUUAAUGCCACGAAACCUGGCAGUCACUUAAAGAAAUGGAUGGGAUCAAAGUUAGCUACUUGCAUUAUUUUUAUCUGUACAAUAAUUCAAGCUAUAAUUUGCAUGGCUUGGCUGAUUAUUUCUCCACCUUAUCCAGAUGUAAAUACUUCAUCAAAAAUCGGAGUAUUGGUCAUUGAGUGCAAUGAAGCAUCGGCAGUUGCCUUCUGGGUAAUGUUAGGUUAUAUGGGUCUACUUGCCACUGUUAGUUUUAUUGUUGCCUUCUUAUCUAGAAACUUGCCAGACAGUUUUAAUGAAACUAAAUACAUUACAUUUAGCAUGCUAGUUUUUGUGAGUGUCUGGCUAUCAUUUAUCCCAGCGUAUCUAAGUACAAAAGGAAAAUAUAUGGUAGCUGUGGAAAUAUUUGCUAUCUUGUCUUCAGGUUUUGGGCUUCUAAUGUGCAUAUUUUUCCCUAAAUGUUAUAUAAUUCUAUUAAAACCUGAAAUGAACACCAGAGAACAAUUAAUGGGAAAAUCCACUUUCAGGAAAAGUGAAAAAACACAAGCUGAAGUCUAA